AAAUUGGACAACCUGGGAAAUCUGGCGCCAAGGAUGAGGUAAAGAAGAAAGAAGCUUACAAGCAGAAACACGCGAAUCCGUUACGAUGUGGCAUGUGUUCUGGAACACUACGCAGUCCAAAGCUAUUACCUUGUUACCACACCUUCUGUUCUAAGUGUCUUGAUGAUUACAUAGAGAGGAAGUGUACCCCCGAGGAGCCGGGGUCAUUUCGCUGCCCUCUGUGUCUCGUACUCAUUGACAUUCCGCAAGAUGGCGUCUCCGGCUUACCAGACAAUCUCUACGUGUUGGUUUAUGACGCAAUGAACGCCUCCAAGAAUCCAUGUCAGCAGUGUGAUGCUGGAUCCGGAGCGGUUGCGACGUGUGUGGACUGUAAUGACAAUAUCUGUUUGUCCUGUAAAAACGUCCACGAGAAAAUGAAGGCCACCAAAUCCCACAAACUUGUCCUCUUGGUAGAGCAAGAGAAGGUGCUCAGUACAUCCCUCGCGAGACAAUGCACGUGUCCGGAACAUGAAAACGAAGAAAUGUGUUUCGUUUGUAAACCAUGCAAUGCGCUUUUGUGUAUGCAGUGUAAAGACUCUCAUCUCGACCAUAAGUUAGAGGACGCGGCCAUCGCUGCCAAAGUGAGGAAGGAAGAAUUGUCGAGAUUGGCAGACGGUGUGCGUGCUUAUCUACCCUAUAUAAAGAACAACAUUAAAAAGGCUGACAAAGAAACAGAACGAUUUAAAAAAGACGUGAACAAGACAAAACAGCAUAUUUUGGAUACAGCCGAUGACUUGAAAAGAGAAAUCGAUGCAGCAUGCGCAAGGAAGCUUAAGGGUGUUGAUGAAACUCUGGACCAAUAUUUGUCAUCUAUCGAAAGAUUCCGGGCGGAGAUGGAGCGAGUUUACCUAUCAAUAAAGAGCCUGGCGAUUAUUUCGGAUCAAAUAUUCGAUCUGGCCCCUGAUGGACUCCUACUGCAAACAAACUAUAACAUAAGUAAGCGUCUGGAGUCUGUUCCCACAGAGAUACCAGCAUGUUCUUUGGAGAGCGCUCAAACAAGCUUUGAGGCGACCUCACUGCCACAAGGAGAAUUAUUGGGCGAAACACAGGUUUCUGUACUGCCAAUCCUCAAUUUUUCUCCAACAGACAAGAAAGUGCCGACAUUUUAUUGCCCGGGUCGACCUUACUCGAUCUGCCCAGUAUCGGAUGACGAGGCAUGGGUUAUAUGUGAUACAUCGGAGACAAUACAGCUCUAUUCAAAGAGCGGUGCAAUCCGACAAUUCCUCAAACUACCAGGGGAGGCCAAUGACAUCUGCUGCUUUCCAAACGGGAAUCUCUUCGUCACAGAACUUCGAGGACGCGUCAUCUGGAAAAUUGGAAUCGACAAUUCUGUAACGACCUUUGCUUCCAUCGAUGACACUGUCCGUGGGAUUUGUUACUUUGUUGAGAAGUUCUAUGUCACGAGCAAGGAUUCAACUCGCCACAUGGUGUCCAUUUUGACACAAGAUACCGGGGAUGUUGAAAAUGAGAUUAUUCAAGACAACGGCAAUCCGAUUUUUUGCCAUCCAGACCGUCUUGCUGUCACCAGUAAUGGUACGGUUUGUGUGACCGACAGGGGCAAAGAUGGCGCUGUCAUAUUUGUCACGUUAGAUGGUCACGUGAGGUCAUCUUACAGGGGAGAAGGAAGUGACAAAGAUGAGGGACACAAGGAGAGGUUUGAGCCUUGGGGACUUUGUGUGGACCAGCACGACAACAUUUUCAUAUCUGAUCGCUUCAACGACGUCAUUCAUGUCCUCGACAGAAAUGGUGUUUUCCAGAAGUACUUACUCAAUAAAGAUGACGGGAUAAGGCGCCCCCUAGGGAUAGCUGUAGACAAUGCUGGGCAUAUUUGGGUUGGCAAUGAGGACGGAAGUAUACGUGUAUUUGAAUACCUAGAGCUGUUGUAAUGUCCUUCGAAAACUUAUUUACUCGAGUGUUUCUGGAGACAAAAGACCGAGAUAUAUCAACCUGAGUGAAAGAUUUAAAAGUUUAACAGCAGAUUAUGUUCUAGACUUGUGAUAACUUUGUAUAUAUAUAUACACGUAUAUAUGUGUGCGGGUUAUCUACACAUAAUUAAAUAAAAUGAGAGCCGUGCCGUUUCCGGAAAAAAGGCAUCAGUAAGCUAUCUUUUCUCUAAUCAGGAAAGGCAAGGUUACAGCCCCUUACAAAACAGGAAUGCAUCUGUGAAGUUCGAGAGAAAUCUACUAGAGUGGUCCUGGAACUAAUCUACCCCGGGUGCUCCAUAAUACAUGGAAACAAUACACUCGAGUCCCUAUGGAGAAAUUCUAUCUGAGAGUGUCUCUGGAGGCAAUAUACUUAACUGUCCCUCGGUAAAACAUAUGGUACAAUGGUAUUUACUUGUUUCUGUUUUGUCAAAAUCCUACUUGAUCGGUUGUAACGACGACCUACUCGCUUACCAAGGAAAACGAUUCAGUACUUUCCUAUAGAGGCUGAUUUCGGCCAUGUCGCACUGUCCCUUGGCGCCCCACCAACGCCACAUUACGUGCGACAACGCGCGACAACGUGCGACAACGCGCAAUGUGAAGAGCGACAGUGCGCCAUGCGACAAAUUAACACACCAAUGUGACUUCGUAUGGCGCAUUAUUGCACUUUCGCGUUUACGGGGCGCCAAUGCGACUUGCAGUACGACAUGGCCGAAAUCAGCCAUCUUAGAAAGACCCUUCGAAAAUACAUGUACCUGUAAUCUCAUAAUGAGAUAUUUUAAUUAACUAGUAUUAGAAAUAAACGAAUAGCAUACG